CGCUACAACAGUACAGAAAUCUCUUGCAUCUGAGACACCAUGACCUACACAAGAAAACUGGGCGUAGUAUCUCUUCUGGCAUUGCUGGCGCUCUUGCAUAUCGUAGACUCAAACUUCAAUGGAGGAUGUGAGGAGUGCAAACUCAAGGAGAACAAGUUCUUCUCAAAGGCUGGAGCCCCCAUCUUUCAGUGUAUGGGCUGUUGCUUCUCCAGAGCAUUCCCAACACCCCUGAAGGCCAGGAAGACAAUGCUGAUUCCCAAGAACAUCACGUCUGAAGCUACGUGUUGCGUGGCUAAAGAAGUGAAAAAGCUGGCCACACUUAACAAUAUGAGACUGGAAAAUCACACGGACUGUCACUGCAGCACCUGCUACUUCCAUAAGUCUUAA